AUGCGCGCGCAGCAGCGCAUGGAGGAGGAGCAGGAGAGUGCGCAGCGCCGCCACGAAGAGGCCAUGCGCACAGAUGCCGAAUACAAGCAGCGCUUCGAGACAAUGCAGGAGAUGCAGGCGGCCAUGCAGAUGUCACAGGGAGAGUUCUUUGACAAGUACAGCCGCCAGGAGAUGCUGCUGCUGAACCACGUCGUGACGGAGCGGCUCGACAUGCCGGUCAUCCUCGACCUUAUCGAGCAGCACGACGUCGUGUUCAUCUGCACCGACACUGGCAGUGGCAAGAGCACCGGUGUUCCGAAGGCAUUGCUCGAGCUGUCGCCGGACACCAAGGUGGUGAGCACGCAGCCGCGUCGCACCGCGACAGUGGCGAUCGCCAACCGCGUAGCGAGUCUCCGGCGCGAGAGCGUCGGCGAGGACGUUGGUUACUGGAUCCGCGGUGACAAGAAGGGCGAUGAGCAGACGCGCUUGUGGUACAUGACGAGCUACACACUCCUGCUACGCAUUCUCGAGAACCCGGCAGAGCUGCCGUUCACGCACAUUGUGCUAGAUGAGUUCCACGAGCGACAGCCAGAUCUUGAGGUGACGGUAGCGCUGCUGCGAUUGGCGCUGCUGAACAAGUUGUCGCACUUCAAGCUGGUGCUCAUGAGCGCCACCCUCAACACGGAGGACUGGGAGGAGUACUUUGCCGGCCUCCGCGUCGCCACGUACAAGCAGAGCGAGCCGGAGCACCCCAUUCACGACUACUUCCUGGAGGACACCUGUAUCCUGCUCGGCACGGACUACCAGGCUCCGCUGCAGCUGGUGUCGCGCGGCGUUGUGGACAAGAGCACCGUGGACAAACACUUCUACUUGGCCCAGAACUUGAUUCUCUUCCUCAACAGCUGCUCGAACCCAGUGCACUCCAUCCUCGUGUUCCUGCCGGGCAGGGCGCAGGUAGAGACGAUGAGCACGUGGCUCCACACACAGCUGUAUCACCGCGUCGACGCGGUUCCGUGGCACAGCGCCGUGAACCUGAGCGAGAUCGAGGCGGCAAUGAAGCGUAACAUACCGGGGCGGCAGAAGGUAUACCUCGCCACCGAUAUCGCCGAGGUAUCUAUCACGCUGCCGGACGUGGUCUACGUCAUCGACCUGGUGCUGGUGAAGCGACCAAAGAUUUCGAAGGAGUUGCCAGCCUCCAUCCAGUACCCACCUCUAGUCACGCAGUGGAUCUCGCGCGGCAGCGUGGCGCAGCGCCGGGGCCGCAUCGGACGCGUGCAACAGGGCUUCUACUUCUGCCUGUUCCCUGCGGCUCAAAUUACGGACCUGCCGGCCUACUCUCAGCCGCCGAUUGAGAACUCCCGGAUCGACGAGCUUUCGCUGCACUGCCUGCAGGUGGUGAACAACCCGGUGGCCAUCUUCAGCCUGUGCCACGGCCAGCCCCUUGUGGAGGCGAUUGCGUCGUCCAUGAACAUGCUCACGCAGCUCGGCUGCAUCCUCGACGCGAAGGACCCCCUCUCCGCCGGGGAGCGCAUCGAGGAGAUCUACAGCCAUCAGAACGAGUCGUGGAGCCGCAUGAUCAGGGCAGCCGCCCAGGCGGAGGUGAUGACAGACAUUCCGGAGUACCAAUACACGUUCAUUGGCCGCAUUCUGCAGCUCAUCCCGGUCUCCCCGCAGCCUGGCAUGCUCGUCUUCUUCGGCUUCCUUACAGGCCUCGAGUCUCUCAUGAUCCUCGCCGCCGCCGUCACGAGCAGCCUCUCGCCAUUCAGCAUCAACGCUAGCGAAGGCCCGCAGCGCCACUUCAACGUCGCGCGCGCGAUGGAGGAGACGGAGAACGUCAUGCGCGACUUUUGCUGCGGGCUGCGCAGCGACAUUGUAGCCGUGAUGAAGGCCACACUGCUCUUCCGCGUGGAGCAGCAACGGCACUGCGACAGCGUCGAGACGGUGCGCCAUUGGUGUCUUCAGAAACACCUCAGCUACGACAAGCUGAUGGCCAUUGUCGACCUGGAGAGCCACAUCAAGUACGAACUCGCGGAGUUCAUGCCCUUCCGCAGCAUCGUUGAGGCAGAGAAGCUGUUGGAACAGCUGGACAAGCUUGCCUCGAUGGUGGCGGUCAUGACGAACGUUGCCUUCGUCGCGCAGUCGCUGGAGGUGACCAGCGAGGGAAAUUCCUACACGAACUCAAAGGAGAUGGCGCUCGGCAUCUUCAGCGACCUCACAGCCGUGCCCGACAUCCACUCACCGAGCUGCCUGCGGUGGCAGGAAGGCGACAUCAUUAUUCCUGUGCAGCUGAACCUUAUCUUCGACAAGCUGCUCGCAAGCUUCUCGACGGCCAUCGCGUCGCCGAAGCAGUUCUGGAUUUCGCUGCUGCUCUUCUCGCAGCGAGUACAAUACGCCACCUUCAGCGACGACGAGGGCACCUUCCACGUCUUUGCGCUCUCGUACGGUGGUAAGGAGCGCUACGUGGAGGUGGACGAAAUUGCCGGCUACGUCGUGCUAGAGUUCCGCCGCAAGCUGUCGGCCAUUUGCGAGGUGCUGCGCCUGACCCACGCCAAUCGGCUCCUCUAUGAGGACCACUUCAAUACGCUGCUCGGCAGCUACUCCCUGACGCCGCUGCAGGACCUGCAGCGCGAGGUGAUCACGGCUCUCGUCUCCAUCUUUAACAACUUGGAGGACAUGACCGCGGACGAGGUGGAGCACGACGAGGACGACUUGGACAUGGUCUCGCUGCUGUCCUUUGCGCUGCCGACUCGUGCGCCAUGA